GAGAUAAAUUGAAAAAAAAAACUGCAAUACUAAUUUUGAAUGUUGAUAUUUGUUGAGUGUAGUUUUCUAGUACUGCAUGACAGCAUGAACUAGUCUAAAAAUAAAGUUGGUCUAAAAUCGUGUAAACAGGGCAAGACAGGAAGUUGGAAGGCAGAGAGUGUGCGAGAAGUUUUGAAGAUGUGUGUGUAAGAGAUGUAUAAAGAACAAAGUGCUGCGGAAACGGUGAUCGGAAAGGAGAAUUCAGUUUUGAGUUCGAUGUGCUUCGAAGAAGUUCUGUGCAACGGAGCUCCUGUGAAAAGUUGAAAAAAGUGAAGAAGUGUGUUCGGCCGGUGUGAAGUAAGUUCGGCUGGUGGAUAAAGAGUUUGGCUUGUGCUUCGGAAAUAAUCAUGGAUUCCUACAAUGGCGCAAUCAGCGAUGCGACCAACGCUCCCGGAAAGAAGAAGAUCACAAGAUUAGCGGCUAAGGAUCCAUCUGUAUUGGCAAAAGAAUUGGAAGAAGAACGAAAGCGCAACGCCUCCUUAGUCGCCAAACUUAAGAAAGCCAAAUCCAGCAAUAGGAGAAUGGAGAAUACGAUGGGAGAAGGAAGCUUUGUCCGCCUGCACUCGACCACAAGAUGUGAGAACUCUGCAGAGGAGCAAAAUUCUGCUCUAAUGGCUUCCAUGAGCAACUUGUCGUUUGCAUCAUUGCAAGUACCGGAGUGCAAACCCAUGGAUGGAGAAGAUGACAUCGAUCGUAAGUCGUACGAACAGUGGAAGCACAUCUUGGAGGCUUCAAUGCAGCUAGCGGGCGUAGUUGACGAGGCCACAAAAAUGAACAUUUUCAGAAUUAAGGCAGGCCCGAAACUAUUGGAUAUUUUGGAGAGCACGUUGUCAUACCCGGAAUCUCCUAAUGCCGUAUUAUUUCCAUAUGCCAAUGCUGUUCACCGUUUGGGGGCAUUUUACGGAUCACGUGACUACAUCUUUAUGCAACGCCAAAGACUACGAUCACUGACCCAGAAGUCUGGAGAAACUGACGUUAAGUAUGUGAAGCGUGUAAUGGCAGUGGCGAAGCUGUGUGACUUCAACGAAGAAAACUUGGCGGAACACGUAGCUGAUUCCAUUCAGUCACAUGCCGUCAACCAAAAGGUUCGCGAGACUGCCAGGAAGACUCUUCGCAAGAGAGGUUCACUGGUAGAGCUACUGGAAAGGGUACGUGCUUUGGAGAUGGAACAACUUAACGAAGAGAUGUUUGCCAAAAAUCAUCGGCAAACGGAACAACUCGAGGUAGCGGCGGUAUCCUACGGUGGCCAAGCAAGCCGAGUGACAAACAGCGGUGUUGGUAGGGCAAACAGACGGGCAGGAGUUCAGCAACGGCUUCCUACCAAUUGGAGAUCCGGUAGAGGUGGGGGAUACAGCCGUCGUGAAUUUGUUAGAAAUUCAUCGGUAGCACGGGCCCCUUGUUGGAGAUGCCUGAGCAAGCAGCAUCAAGCCUCCGAAUGCUACGCAAUCGACAAGAUCUGUCGUAAGUGUAACGUCAAGGGACAUUUCGAGCGGGCCUGUCAUAAACCAAGCAUCCGAGCAAGCUCAGCAGGAUCGAUCAAACGCCGAUACAGUGACGACACAAAGGAUUCACCGGCCAGCGCGAAGAAGAUCGCCGCCGUUAAGGAUGAAGACUCAGCGCCGAUGGACGAUUCCGUAAGUGUUAAACCGUUUGUUUAAUUUCGAUGACAAUGA